UUCUCUCUCUUGUCUCAGAUCAUUAAACACGCAUGCUGGUCUGAAGCGGAGAGCCAAAUCAAACCCUUCCCAAUCCGUACACCCCUUUGCUUCGUCUUCCACCCUUUCCGCUUUCUCUCUUCUCGCUUCCUCCGUCGCCUUCCCUCCCCUCCCCAUCCCAAACAUCUCCGUCACCCUCUUUAUCCGAGCUCUGCCGUUACCCAGAAGCAUCCUCAUCUUAAAGAGACAUCGGCGUCUUCUUCCGUCCGACGAUCGGUUCUUGAGUGAGUAUGCUCUCCGAUUCUUCGUUUUUGCGUCGUUUAUGCGAGAUCUCACAGCGAAAAGAUCGAUCUUUCCAGUACUGUUCUGCGUUUUGUGUGUUAAUCGUAUCUGGUAUUGAAUGGUCAGAUCGGAAUGGGAGGACUUGUUUGAUGUGGAAAUAGUGGGUGGAUCCUCGAGAUUUGGUUCCGAGUUUUGGCAGGGCUAGGAGAGGUUUAAUCGUUUGGUCGUUCUUAUCCAGAGAUGUAUUGCUGAGGGGUCUCGCUACGGUCGUUUAAUUUUUGAGCUGCGUUGAUGUACAAAACUCACGGGAAUCUGGAAUUACUUGCAGAUUGGAGCUUUUUCCUGAGGGGUUUGUGCACUUGAGAUGGACAUCGGCUGUUUGUUGAAGUCGAUAUACUUUGUUCUGAAGUGAUGACUUUGUGCUGUCUCAUCUGAUAUUUCUGAUCGUUUCAGAGGGUUGUGGGGUGCUAUCGUUAGACAGUCUAAAAGCUGCGGAUACUCUUGGAAAUAUCAACAGAAUAAUUGAACCAGAAAGUGGCUGACAAAAGUAUGAGAAAGAAUGGUGGUCUUCACUCAGGGAGAUCAUUUACUGACAGAAGAUGGCUUCUUCCAUUCUUUGCAAGCCUGCUGGUCUCAUUUACUCUUUUCAUGGCAACUAUUUUUGGGCUAUUUUCCUCUCAGAAUUCCGGGGAUUCCCUGUCCUUGGACGUUGUCACUUUUACUGGUCUAGAUGAUUCCGAGCUCUAUUCUGUGGAACUAGAUAGGAAAAAGACAGUGGAGCAGCCAGUGGCUUUGGGAAAUGAAGCUCCACGGAUAGCUUAUCUGAUAACUGGCACAAAAGGUGACAGCCAAAGAAUGAGGAGAACUUUGCAGGCAAUUUAUCAUCCUCGAAAUCAGUACAUUCUUCACUUGGACCUGGAGGCUCCUCCUAGGGAAAGGAUAGACUUGGCCAUGUAUGUCAAGAGUGAUCCUUUGUUCAGUGAGGUUGAGAAUGUACGUGUGAUUGCAAAAGCCAACUUGGUGACGUACAAGGGCCCGACGAUGAUUGCAUGCACCCUUCAUGCGAUUGCCACUCUGUUGAAGGAGAGCUUGAGAUGGGACUGGUUUAUAAACCUCAGUGCCUCGGAUUAUCCUCUUAUGACGCAGGAUGAUAUACUUCAUGUUUUAUCUUCUUUGCCUCGAAAUCUCAACUUUAUUGAGCACUCACCUAUUGCUGGUUGGAAACUGACUCAGAGGGCAAGACCGAUAGUUGUUGAUCCAGGUCUUUACUUGUCGAAAAAAUUCGAUGUCUUGGUAACUUCUGAACACCGGGAACUGCCAACAUCUUUCAAAUUGUACACUGGUUCAGCGUGGGUGAUGCUUUCUCGGACUUUCCUCGAGUAUUGCAUAUGGGGAUGGGAAAACCUUCCUCGAAUUGUCCUGAUGUACUAUGUGAACUUCAUCUCCUCACCUGAAGGCUACUUCCACACAGUCAUAUGCAAUUCUGAUGAGUUCCGAAACACCUCCAUAAGCCAUGACCUACAUUACAUUUCCUGGGACAACCCUCCAAAACAACACCCACUAUACCUUUCUACCAAAGACUUCAACAAAAUGGUUAAAAGUGGUAUGCCUUUUGCUCGGAAGUUUGCAAAAGGAGAUCCAGUUUUGGAUAAAAUCGACCGUGAACUCUUGGGGCGGUCCAAAGGGGAAUUCACCCCUGGUGUGUGGUGCAAUCAGGGAUCAGAUGAGGCAGAACGAUGCUCCUCGAGGGGUGAUGACUCUAAGUUUCUUCCAGGUCCCGGUGCUGAAAGGUUACAACAGUUGAUGAAGAAGCUCAUGUCCCAAGAAUUCCGCAAUGGAAGCUGUUCGUCAUUGCAGUAUGAUCAAACUAAGAGAGGUUGGAUCACUUCUUAGAAAUGCACCCUAACAAGAGUAAUUCCACAGUCCUUGGUUCUUGCGUUAUAGUUCAUGAUAUCUGUGAGACGCCACAUAUGACUGUUCAUGUGCCUGCAAUUCGUUUCACACUUGGUCGAUAGCUGUGGCAGUCUCAUCCCUUGGUCGGAAUUCUGCAAAGCCUUCAUGAACCAUUUGGAUCGACAUAGCUUCGGCUGCCUAAUACAUGGAUGUUGCAGUGUUCUGGAAUUAGGAGACUUGUGGGCUACAAAACUCAGAAUUUGGGUAGAGGUAGUCUGAGUGCCUCAGAGAGCUGGAAACAAUUAUGGCGAGAGAUUCAUUGUACCAUCACCUCCAUUGAAAUCAGAAGUUCUAAGGAUCAAGCCAAAUGAGUUUUAGUUCAUGUACUGGAUUUACAAUUUGUAUCUGCACUUUGCGAGACCAUAAGAAAUUUCUACUAAUUCUGUGA